AUGGUCAAUGCAACCCAUAUCCCUGGUCUCGAAGUCACCAUUGAGGUUGACAACACAGCCCUGCCAGAGUACAGUCAUCCGCCUACCGAAAACCAAGAACCCACUGAAAAUCUCGGAAGCACAAUCAGGUACAUCGAAGCGCCAUCAGCCACCGACUUCUCUAUUCACUACCUCUACCGUCCUGAGUUCACACCUCCCUCACCCGUGCACAUCGAGAUCGUGCUAGACGACACCUAUGUUCAAGCUCCCUUCUUCGAGUGGGGCGGCAAGGAAGACUGCGAAGGAUAUGUUUGUAAGAAGGCUGCCAGUAUAGUCGCGGGCCAGGAUUUCACGCAAGGCUUUCGGUUCGCGGAGUUGAGGAUUGAAGCCCUAAAAUCCAUCGGCGUAAUCCCUUGUACUCCAUCACCUUCACUCUCACCCGAGCCAGAAGAAGACCCAGACCCAGACCCAGACCCAGACCCAGACACCAUGACAGCAGAAGAAAUGAGAGAGGAGUUAAAACGCAUCCGCGAACACCGCACCGAUGCUGCUAAGAUCAAACGUGAGCGCGAAGAGAGCGAUAGUACUGUGGUAGGCGACGAAGAGCUUGAGUGGAUUGGUACGCAGCCUGUGGAGCGCUGCAGGAAGAAAGCGAGGAGGGUUCCGGGGGUGGGGGAUGUGGUUUUUGAGUUGGAUGAUCGAUCCAUUCGAAGCAAGCGCAUCUUCGAGAUUGCAGACUGA